UCACACAUGGUUCGCGACGUCAUUUAAUCAGUUGGUAAACCAAAACAACUUACUUCGAGAGUUUCCGAAAGGGAAUUGUUUUUUAAAACAAAAUGAAGGUAAAAGUUAUCUCCAGAGAUCCGGACAAGUACAUCCGUGACACGAAGAAAGAUUUGCGGAAAACGUUUCGUAAUUACGACCCUACGCUUCAUCCAUUUCAAAGUGCCAGAGAAUAUGUACGAGCUCUCAAUGCCACCAAACUGGAGCGAGUGUUUGCCAAACCGUUUGUCGGCAACCUGAACGGACACAAGGAUGGUGUGGCCGUUUUGGCAAAACAUCCUAAGAAACUUUCGAUGUUGGCCAGUGGAGCUUACGAUGGCGAAGUAAAAAUUUGGAGCGUCGCUAGCAGGAAUUGCAUAAGAAGCUUAGAUGCACACAGUGGCUACUGUCGUGGCAUUGCGUUCAGUAGCGAUGGGAUGCAUGCAAUAACAAUUGGUGACGAUAAAACAAUCAAAACAUGGGCUUACGAGCAAGACUACGAAGAGGGUGAGCAAAUCAAACCAGUGAAUAUGAUUCCUACAAAGGGAAUGCUGGUGUCCCUUUCCCACUGCUACUAUGGUCCAAACUUUGCCACCAGCGGAGACACCUGCCACAUAUGGGAUGAAAGUCGUAACGAACCCCUGAAGGAGCUAAAAUGGGGUGUGGAUAUGUUACAGGACAUAAAGUACAACCCCGUUGAAACAUCCUUGCUAGCUGCGUGUGCCUCGGACAGAGGCAUCAUUCUAUAUGACCAGCGAGAGGAGAAACCGCUGCGUAAAGUUGUAAUGACUUUGCGGUCAAACCAACUAGCGUGGAAUCCGAUGCAAGCUUUCUUUUUUACGGUUGCCAAUGAGGAUAAUAAUCUGUACACCUACGAUACAAGAAACCUAGAGCAUCCGUUAAAAAUACACAAAGGCCACGUCAGUUCCGUCACUUCAGUGGACUAUUCCCCGACAGGUAAUGAAUUUGUAUCUGGAAGCUACGAUAAAACCAUUCGCAUUUUUGAUGCGCUCAAAUUGAACAGCCGGGAGAUAUACCAUACCAAGCGAAUGCAGCAUGUUACCUGCGUCAAUUGGAGUAUGGACAAUAAGUAUGUUUUCAACGGUUCCGAUGAAAUGAAUGUACGUAUUUGGAAGGCGAAUGCGGCAGAGAAGCUGGGGUCGUUGAAGAUGCGCGAGAAGAAUGCUUUUAACUACAAUGCUGCCCUGAAAGAGAAAUAUGCAGCUCAUCCCGCUGUGCGACGCAUUGCUCAGCAUCGGCAGGUCCCUAAGUCAGUUUAUCAUGAACAGGCUAAAUUGCGUACCGUGCAUCUGAAGGAGAAGCGAAAGGAAGAAAAUGUUCGCCAAAACUCAAAACCCGGUACCGUGCCGUAUGUAUCGGAAGUUGUUAAAAAGGUGGUCAAGAAAGACCACUAAUAAAUGCAGGUAGUUUGAGCCACUGAUUCUGGCACCAAGCUUUCAUACUUUGUACGUUCUGAUCGAUUCAAUAAAACUUAUGUUCUUUCAA